ACUGUGGACUGUGAAGUACUGAAUUGUGUAGUUAAACCGUUAAACAGUUUUGCACCAGUGCUGUGUUCAGGAUUCUUUUGGGCGGGGCUAAAACGGUGGCUCGAUGACGCACUGGACCCACCGAGGCAGGCCCCUCCCGUAACAAUAUGACUAGAGCACAUUCGGUUCAGUUUGCCAUUCAAUCACGAGUUACAGUCAGACUCAGUACUAGUUUCAACAGCCUACAGUUAGCAAAGUCAUCGACUACCAUCGUUUAAAUACGUUGACCAGAGCAUAACCUGUCAUCUUCACCCAAGAGACCUACUGUUGGACAAUUCUUUUUGCUUUAAAGAUGCUGUUUGCCAUUGUUCAAUUUAUCAACGAGGAUGAUCUGCCAUUUGCAGUGGUUCCGCAAGUGUGGCUCAGCAAUGACAUGUGCUAUUGGCCCCCAUUUGACCUCCGCAAAAAAGACAAGGGAAACAAUUUAGCCAUCCGCUGUACGUCUCCACACAGCACCUGGGAGAAACAUCAUUUUAAGUUUAUGAAGGGAGCAGAAUCUUGGCAAGAGGCAAUGAGAUAUUUGGUGCGCUUCCAAACAGGUUCCAGCGUUGAAACGACGGAUGAUGACAAGAAGGGAAAGCGAAAGAGAAGCUUAACUUCCAAGUACAGACCCCAGGCCUCUUCUGAUGAAGAGGAGUCUUGUCUUCCAGAUGCACCAGCAGUGCUGUCGUUUCAGCAACCUCUUUUGAGCUUUGAAAACCUUGUUCCCAGUAACAAGGUUUCAGUGCUGCCCGAUGCUCCAGAGGUUGCAUCGAUUCCAGAAAACCAGGAAAAUGUUGAGCCAUCUGUAGAUUUCAGAGCUGAACCAGGUUUCUCCCCAGUAAUCCAGACUCCACUUCACAGAGCCAAGAGGCCUAUGUCUAAGGCCUAUGUCUUAGUGUCCAGUGUUUUAACAGUAUUGAAAAAAGUGCCUUUAGUUGUUGUAUUUUUUUAAACGUAGAUUUCCAGAGACUCCAGAAUGAGAACCAAGCCCUGAGGGAUGAGAACCAAGCCCUGAGGGAUGAGAACCAAGCCCUGAGGGAUGAGAACCAAGCCCUGAGGGAAAGCAAUGCACCAGCAGCUUCGGAUGACAGCGGAUCACUUCAGGAG